AUGGCCUUAUACCUCGUUUGUGAUACUCUGGCCUCACGACAUUAUAGACCAAAGCUAAUAUCUUUGGUUUGCUGCAGAAACCGGAUAUCCGGACACGGGCUCGCUUCUCGUUUCGAUAGCACGGAUGGACCGUCUGAACAGGACAGCUCUAUAUCAAGACACAGUGCCCAACAGCAUCAAUACGAUAUUCAGUCAGAGUGCCACGGUGUUCGCCCAGAAGACCUCAUAGCGGGACUACUUGACCGACACGCGUAUCGCAAGGGCUACAACCCCGUCGCAGCACAGUAUGCUCUUGCAGCCGCAGUGGCAUAUAACAGCUUACCGUUAAUGUCAUAUGCGGUCGCGACUUGGGGCCAACUAUCGGAGUACAUGGUGACGCUCGAAGAUGCCGCGUCUGGAAGUCAUCCAAUGAGAGUUACCUCGAUAGCCUCUACUUGCAACGGACUCACCACUGCCGGGGGAGUAUUCUACCUGACGAAUCAGACGGUCACGACGGUCAAUGUGGAGACCCUCGGCCUGUCCUCUUAUUUGGCCACGGCUACCGGAAAUCAAACAUAUGCGGCAGCAGCAGAACUGUCAGCAGAGUUCAUCUGGAAUCAUCUCUACAAUGGCACGAUCAUCCUUGACGGAAUCGACCUGCACAGCUGUAACGUCUCGAGCGGCGUGUUGUCAUACAACUCUGGUCACACCAUCGAGGGGCUUGCGGAUAUCAGCAGCAGGGACCAGACAUGGGUGCCUCGACCUCUGUCAAUGGUGUUGAGAGUGAAGAGCGAUCUAUGUACUGAGGAUCACCCUUCAGAUGAGGUGGAUCUAGCGGAGGUUGUGAAGUGGACUAGCACGCGGCCUAUGAAGACCUUUAUCAUCCGUGGAUUGUCCACAGCAUGGAAUCGGAGUGACCCGAGCUCAGAUAUGGCAAAAUUAAUUGAAGCGUAUGUCACUGUCCAAUACAAUGUCUUGCUGGAUCUCGCGACAUAUCCAGGCAUGAACGAAUACAGUUCUGCAUGGUCUGGUCCGCCGACUUCAAGCCUUCUGCCAUGGGGACAGCUCUGUGCUCUGGAAGCCAUGCGAUCUGAGUACGCCUUUGCCUUGAGGAGCCCUGAUUUGGCAGCAUCUGCAACGAACACUGCGCAGGGCACUGCAGCGACUAACACCAGUCCUGGACUUCCAUCGGUUCCCGCUUCACGUACCUCUCGAUCUCAUGCAAUAAUUGUAGCCACUGUCGGGGGUGUGGUUCUGCUACUCGUUGUCAUUGCUGCAUUUCUUUUCUGCCACAAACGUCACAAGCGGCGCGCCGAAAAAGUUGGAGAGGAUGGUGUCGCAAAGCUCACUCCGGUUCCGUUCGAGGUAUCAGUUAUGGAGCAUCGCGACCCGAAACAUGGCCUAUCCCUGGUCUAUUCCCCCCGCAUAGUCUCUCUGGGUGCUGGGCAGCCACAGUACGAACAAGCCGAGUUCGGUGUCGUGCCGGUCACUCACGAGCAAGUCUCUGCGACAGCGCAGGCUGCAGAGAGGCUUCCCGAUGCCAGUUCAGGACAUGCCGUGUCCUCCGAAGAUCUCAACCAAACAGACAUUAACACGGUGGUCAGCCUACUCUCUCACCUGUUGGCCAGGGUGCCCCAAGAGCGAUACCAACCACCGCCGGGUUACGAUGAAUAA